CAUGCGGAGGGGUCAAAGGUUAGAGGUUGUGAAGCAGUCAUGGCGGCGCUGUGUCGGACCCGUGCCGUGACGGCCGAGAGUCAUUUUCUACGAGUGCUUCUCCUCUCCCGGCCCUGUCGAAGUACAGGCACCGAAAGUAGCUCCGGGAGCGAUAGUUCUGAUUCCUCAGAGUCUAAAGCGCGCCCAGGCGGCUUUGCGAGCGCUUUACAGCGGCACUCGGAGCUGCAGCGGAAGACGGAGCCCGGGCGGAUGACAGACUCUCAGAAAAAUGUGGAAUCCUUUGCAUCUAUGCUGAGACAUUCUCCUCUUACACAAAUGGGACCUGCCAAAGAUAAACUGGUUAUUGGACGAAUCUUUCAUAUCGUGGAGAAUGAUCUUUAUAUAGAUUUUGGCGGCAAGUUUCAUUGUGUAUGUAGAAGACCAGAAGUGGAUGGAGAGAAAUACCAGAAAGGAACCAGAGUCCGACUGCGGCUGUUAGAUCUCGAACUUACGUCCAGGUUCCUGGGAGCAACGACAGAUACAACUAUACUAGAGGCUGAUGCAGUUCUCCUGGGACUCCAGGAGAGCAGAGACUCAAAGUCAAGAGAGGAGCAUCAUGAAAAAUAAAUGAACUUUGCUUAAAGCAUCCACUCCUUUUUUUGUUGAAUCCAGAUACUUAUCAAGAAUGCAAUUAGAAAAUUGCAAAUAAUUGGUAGAAGACAUAAUGAAACUGUAAUUAUAGCUUUUAUUUCUUAUAAUUUUCCUUAGCUGUAUCUCCCUUCCUCCCCUCUUAUACCCGUUCUUUCCUAGUGUUAACUGUAUUGAGAAAUUUGUUGAUCAAUAAAUGUUUUGAAUGCUAUCUAUGUGCCUGGUACUAUUUUUAAACACCAGGGAAACAGCAAUAAACAAA